UUCACAAAUUAAAAGCCACUACACACGGAGAAUUUUUUUUCUUUCCCUUGAUUGAAAGUUUAUCUUCUCUUAUAAGAGUUGGCGAAGUCUCCGGUCUGUGUUAAAGCUUGAAGAAAAUCAAUCCCACUAAGCAUGGCUCCUUCUUCUCUCCAUUCUCUCUAUCUCCUGCUAAUUUGUUUGUUGCCAUAUUCUGUUACAGCCCAAACAUACCGCAACAUAACAUUGGGCUCUUCGAUGACCGCUGGUAAUGGUAACUCUUUGUGGACAUCUCCAUCCGGAGAUUUUGUAUUUGGGUUUCAACAGAUAGGAACUGAUCAGAUGUUCAUACUGGCCAUAUGGUUCAACAACAUACCUGAAAAAACCAUUAUUUGGUCAGCCAAUGGCAAAAAUCUAGUGCAAGCUGGGUCCAAAAUUGAACUUACCACGGAUGGCCAGUUUGUUCUAAGUAAUUCGAAGGGAGAUGAGGUGUGGACAGCGAUUUUGACGGGUACAGGAUCAGUAGCCUAUGCAGCUAUGCUUGACACGGGAAAUUUUGUGCUGGCUAGCCGGGAUUCAGCAAACAUUUGGCAAAGUUUUGACCUGCCGACUGACACCAUACUACCCACACAACAAUUUAACCAAGGACUUGUUGCUCGCUAUUCAGAAGCGAAUUAUUCAAGUGGAAGAUUUCAGUUUAUAUUACAGGCUGAUGGGAAUCUUGUUCUCUACACCACAACUUUCCCACUGGACAUGGUGAAUACUCCUUACUGGUCAAGUAAUACUGUAGGAAGUGGCUUCGGGGCUAUUUUCAACCAGUCUGGCUACAUCUACCUAAUAGCUGGAAAUGGAAGCAUUCUCAGUUUUAUAGCAUCUAAUGGAGCUUCAACCAGUGAUUUCUAUCAGCGAGCAACUCUUGAAUAUGAUGGUGUCUUCAGGCAAUAUGUUUAUCCUAAGACAAAAGGUGCUAGCAAUGGGAGGCCCAUGUCCUGGUCUUUGCUAUCCGCUAUACCUCCAGAUAUUUGCAUGGACCUCACGGAGGAAAUAGGGGGUGGGGCCUGUGGAUUCAACAGCUACUGCGUUCUAGGAACAGAUCAGCGGCCGGGAUGUGUGUGCCCACCUGGAUACUCAUUCUUGGAUCCAAAUAAUGAGAUGAAUGGCUGCAAACAGGAUUUUGUUUCACAAGACUGUGAUGGAUUGCAAGAAGCAAAUCUUUUUGGUUUCAGAGAUAUGCCCAACAUUAAUUGGCCAUUCGGAGAUUAUGAAUACUUACGGCCAGUUACUGAGGAUUGGUGCAGACAGAACUGCUUGAAUGAUUGUUUUUGUGCCGUUGCUAUCUUUAACAAUGAUGGUCAAUGUUGGAAGAAGAGAAUUCCUCUCUCAAAUGGGAGAGUUAAUCCAAGAGGGGGAGGAAAAGCUCUGGUCAAAAUAAGGCAUGAAAAUUCUAGUUGCAAAUCUGCCGUUGAAGGUUCAAACAAUAACGAUGGCUCAACUGUAAUCCUCAUUGGGUCUCUUCUAAGCAGCUCAGUGUUUCUGAAUUUCCUUCUGCUGAUAGGUAGUAUUUUCAUUAUUUGGCGAUUCAAUAACAGGAGAAAAAAGACGCUUCAAAUCCAACCAGCAACGCAAGGCAUGAGUUUGCGAUGUUUCACUUAUAAAGAGCUAGAAGAAGCAUCAAGUAAAUUCAAGGAAGAACUAGGGAGGGGUGCAUUUUCAACAGUUUACAAAGGAGUGGUAGAUAUUGGGAAUAAAAGCUUAGUGGCAAUAAAAAGACUAGAAAAGGUAGUGAAAGAAGGUGAGCAGGAAUUUCAAGCGGAAAUGAAUACGAUUGGAAAGACAAAUCACAAGAAUUUAGUUCAGCUGCUAGGGUUCUGCAAUGAGGGGCAACAUCGACUUCUGGUGUAUGAAAAUAUGAGCAAUGGAUCUUUAGCAGACUGCCUCUUUGGAAAUUCAAGGCCUAACUGGCACAAAAGAAAACAGUUUGCUUUUGGAACUGCAAGAGGACUUGUUUAUUUACAUGAGGAGUGCUGCAACCAGAUCAUACACUGUGAUAUCAAGCCUCAAAAUGUCCUUCUAGAUGAAGCCUUUACACCAAGAAUUUCUGAUUUUGGUUUAGCAAAACUGUUGAAGACAGACCAGACUCGAACAGUAACUGGAAUAAGAGGAACCAAAGGAUACGUUGCUCCAGAGUGGUUCAAAAGCAUGCCUAUCACAGUCAAGGUUGAUGUUUACAGCUUUGGCAUUCUGUUGCUAGAACUCAUUUGCUGUAGGAAGAAUUUUGAGCAGAGCAUAAAAGAUGAACGUCAGAUGGUAUUGGCUGAUUGGGUGUAUGAUUGCUAUGAAGAAAGAAUAUUGACUCUAAUAGUUGAGAAUGAUGAAGAGGCUUUGGAAGAUUUUAAGACGGUGGAGAAGUUUGUGAUGAUUGCCAUCUGGUGCAUUCAAGAGGAUCCAUCACUGAGACCCCCAAUGAAGAAAGUCGUACAGAUGCUAGACGGAGAUCUUGAAGUCCCACUUCCUCCAGGUGCUUCCUCAUUUGUUAGCUCUAUUUACUUGUCUUCCGCACCCAAGCAUUUGGCUCAACAGUAAAUGCAUGUACCCCUGCUGCUCAAAGAGCUGCGUUCGAAUCCCUCUUUCUAAAAUUAUAAA